UGUAAUGAAUGUGUAAAGAAAUUUAACCAGAGUUCCCAUUUAACAAACCAUGAGAAAACUCAUACUGGAGAAAAGCCCUACAAAUGCAAUGAAUGUAGGAAGGGCUUCAGUUAUUGCUCAGUCCUUAUUCAACAUCAGAGAAUUCAUAGUGGGGAAAGACCUUACAAGUGUACUGAAUGUGGCAAGACAUUCAGUCGUAGUACAUAACUUACUCAGCAUCAAAGAAUUCAUACUAGUGAUAAACCAUAUAAAUGUUUUGAAUGUGGAAAGGCUUUUAGCCAGAGCACACAUCUUACUCUACAACAAAGAAUUCAUACUGGAGAGAAACCUUAUGAAUGCAACGAAUGUGGUAAAACCUUUAGUCAGAGUGCACAUCUUACUCAACAUCAAAGAAUUCAUAUAGGAGAAAUGCCCUAUGAAUGUAACGAAUGUGGGAAAGCCUUCAGUGAUCACUCAGCUCUUACCCUACAUCAUAUUGUCCAUACUGGAGAGAAACUUUUUGCAUGUAAUGACUGUGGGAAAACUUUCAGUUACUGUUCAGACCUCAUUCAACAUCAGAGAAUGCACACUGGAGAGAAACCAUACAAAUGCAAUGAAUGUGGGAAUGCCUUUAAUGAUUGUUCAGCCCUUAUUCAGCAUCAAAGGAUUCAUACUGGAGAAAAACCUUACAAAUGUAAUGAAUGUGGGAAAGCUUUUAGUGACCACCCAGGGCAUAUUCAACAUCAGAGAACCCACACUGGAGAGAAGUGCUAUAAGUGUAACAAUUGUGGGAAAGGUUUCAGUUUCUGUUCAGCCCUUAUUCAGCACAAGAGAAUUCAUACUGGAGAGAAGCCCUUUAAAUGCAAUGACUGUGGAAAAGCCUUCAGUGAUUGGUCAGCACUUAUUCAAUAUCAGAGAACUCACACUGGAGAGAAACCUUAUAAAUGUAAUGUAUGUGGAAAAGACUUCAGUCAGAGUACAAACCUCACAAAUCACCAGAAAACUCAUACCAUUGAAAAAUCUUAUAAAUGCAAUGAAUGUGGAAAACCUGUUAGUUACUGUUCAGGCCUUAUUCAACAUCAGAUCAUUCAUACUGAAGUGAAACCUUAUGAAUGCAAUAAAUGUGGCAAAGCCUUCAGCCAGAAAACAGACCUUAAAAAACAUCAGAAAACUCAUACUAAAGAAAAACUCUACAAAUGUAAUGAAUGUGGGAAAGCCUUUAGUCAGAACACAUAUCUUACAAAACACCAGAAAAUUCAUAGUGGAGAGAAGGCAAAUAUACAUACUGAGUGUAGGAAAACCUUUAGACAAAACUCUUCUUUUGUUCAACAUGAAAAACUUCACACUGGAGAGAAAUCCUCUGAAUGCCUUGGGAACUUGGCUAGUAUGGAGACCUUCCCCAGGGAAACAGAAAGAUCCUGA